GACAGUGAAACUGGCUCUGCCAGGUCAGUUAAUGUGUGACUGAGUUUAGCCAAGAUGAAGCAGCAUGGCAUGUAUGUUGCAUCUCUCAUAGCAGAUUUCUUUCUACGCAGACAUACAAUACAGUUGUCAUUGUUUGUGUGCUGGGAUCUUGGAAAUUCAGGUGUCAUCAAAAAGCUUUCAGAAAAAGGAAUGAGUGUCUCAUUUCUAUCUUGGAAUGAUAACAUGACUGUGAUAACCAAUGCAUUAGCAGCAUCUGCUAAUUCAGGCCCGAUUGGAGCUGUUCUGGAUACAUCCUGUGAUUCAGCUGUACAGGUUUUAACACAGAGUCAAUUCACUGCUCAGCAGAGGCGACAGAUGUAUGACUGGUCCCUUUUGCAAUUAUUAAUGGACAUACUUAACUUCAGCUUGCAGGUUGUUGAGGCAAAGGGCAGAUUCAAGAACUCAAUGGACCUAUGGAUCCUUCAACAGCUAAUGACUGGGCAAGCAGAUAUUGGUGCAUCUAGUAUCCUCGUCACCCAUGACAGAGUAGGACUAGCUGAGUAUUCAAUUGCUGUUGAGAAAUUCAGACCACAGCUGUAUUACAAAGUGCAGUCUGUAAGGGCUGCACGUAACAUCUAUGUCUUACCUUUCUCAAUUGGCGUCUGGGCAUCGCUAUGCUCACUGCUGUUGGCUAUCACUGUUGCACUCACAUUCAUCCUCCGCCGGGAAUCACAGCUCCCUAAACAUGAAUCUGGGCUAUCAAUCAGUGAAAUGGAUGACAAAGAUGAUAAGCCAGUGCACUCAAAGUGGGAGCUCAGUGAAGUUCUGCUGGUCACCACUGGAGCAGUCUGUCAGCAAGGUUCAGCUCGAAAUCCGACAACAUCAGCAGCAAGAACAUUGUUCAUUGUCCUGUUCGUGUUGGCAGUGCUGACAUAUACAGCCUAUUCAGCUAGUGUUAUUUCAUUACUAUCAUCUCCAAGCUCUGUAACCAACACACUUCAAGGUAUCUUGCGCCAUGGCUCCAAGAUGGGACUUGCUCUCCUCAACAUACAUUACUACCACUCACAUUUCAAGAAUGAAGAUAAUGCUGUUUCUCGCAUGCUUCACAAGAUUGAAGUUUCACCAUCAUUCUUGGAACUGGCUGAUGGACUGGAAUCCACAGUGAAGGGUGAGGUUGCUUUUUGUGCUGACAAAGUGGAUGCACACACUUAUCUCCAUCACAGCCAUCAGACAGAGGAAGUGUUGUGUAGUGUAGGAAAGAUCCCAUUGUUGCAAGGUCCAGAAUAUCAGCGUGCCUUUGCUCUUCCAGUUUCGUCACCAUUUACAAGAGCUAUCGAUUUUGGUCUGAUGCGCCUCAUCCAGUUUGGUCUAAUGGCACGUGAACGUCAACGAUGGUUUGAAGUAAAACCACUGUGUGAUUCACCUGAGCCUCCUGCAGGAACAAGCUUCAUCAGUAUAGCACUUGAUGACAUCUGCCCUGUUCUGUAUCUUAUUGCUUUUGGACUUGUUUGUUCCUGUGUUAUGCUGCCAUUUGAGUGCAUCGUACAUUACUGUAUAAAGCUAUACAGACAGAAGUAUGGAAGAAAACAAAAACCUCAUUACAAGUGGAUAGCAAGGCAGAAAGUAAUGAGAAUGAUGUAUGACACUGAAAGUCAACAGCAGACAACUGUGUGGUGGAUCUCCAGGGCUUGGCAAAAGUUUCGUCACAGGCUUGCUAAUGCACCUUUUCCUUUCAUUCAUUAG